GUGAUUUUAGUGUUAGUGAUUAGAAUAAACAGACAAUUAAUUAAUAAUAGUGUAAGUGUGACAAUAAAUUUCGUUUAUUUGCACGAUGACGAGCACAUUAGCCAAAAAUACUUGUUCUGUAAAAGGCUGCGGAAAGCGAGAGCUACCGAUGUACCGUUUCCCCAAUCCAAAAACAAACGGGGAACGUUUUCGUAAGUGGGUUCUGGCAGCAAAUAAUCCUCGAUUCGAGCAACUAGGAGAUAAUGGUAUUUAUAAAAAGUGUUUCGUUUGCCACAACCAUUUUAAGGAAGAGGAUAAAAUCCUGAAUUCGCGUUUAUUAAGGAAAACUGCUGUGCCUUCGCAAAAUUUGCCGAUUGGUCCAUCGUUUGCCACAGAACAGGGAAUUGAUGCACCAUCACCUCCAAGACCAUCCCAAUCUGAGGAGGACCUAAUUUUUAGAACACCACAACGUGAACUCAUUUUUAUGCCCAGCUCGGUACGAAAACGUGUUACACCAUCAGCCUGUUCACCAUCCACGUCUGGAGGUGUAUUUCCCAGGAGCGUCGUGCAGAGAACAUUAUUUCCCUCCAUAAGUAAUGGAGUGAGCAGUAAUGAAGAGGGACUUGGUGUGGCGCCAUUAUCAGUGUUGGACAGCGUCCCAAUAACUGGGUCCGUUAAGGCAUCGCUAGUGAUAGUGUCAGCACCAGCACCAGCACCAGAAAUCAGACAGGUGGAAACGAGAGCAGAAAAGACAGGCACGGAAUCCACGAUUCUUCAACGACUGAAGAUCAGAAAAAAGAAGAGUAUUUUUAACGAAAUUGAAUGCAAAUUAUACGCUGAGGCUCAACGUUUGCAACAAAAAGCUUCCAGAUUAAAGAAACAGAAUGCAGAUUUAAAGACAAACAUAAGGGUGGCUUCUAAGUUAAGGAAAAACGAGGCGUUCACAAAAUUAAGCGAAAACAUGACACCAGUACAGCAAAGAUUUGUUCAAAGUCAUUUCCGUAAUGUUGCAAGGAAACAAAAAGGUAGAACUUUCACUUUUCAAGACAAGGCCGAUGCAAUCGCAAUUUGGAAAAACGGACCCAAAACAUAUAAACUCUUGUCAAAAAUGUUCGUUUUGCCUUCAGUGACAACACUGAAGGCCACGUUGCGUAAUGUACCGGUGAAACCAGGCAUCUCAAAACCUAUUUUCGAGGUCCUCAAGCGGCAAAUAAGCCGAAUGAAAAAGCCUCAGCACAAGUUGUGCACACUGCUUUUUGACGAAAUGGCCAUUCAACCUCAUUUGGAUUACUUGCCGCAUGAGGACAAGAUCAUAGGUUUUGAAGAUGAUGGUUUCAAUCAAACCAGGAACAUAGCGGACCAUGUAUGUGUGUUCAUGUUGCGAGGUAUUUACAAAAGGUGGAAGCAACCAGUUGCUUUCGCUUUUUGUAAAUCCUCAAUGCAACCACACAACAUCGUCCGCUUUGUUAAGGAAAUAAUAAAAGAAGCCACAGCAGUCGGUCUAAACGUGAUCGCAUCGGUGUGUGACCAAGGCACCACCAACGUUAAAGCGAUUGGCACGCUUCUUAGUGACACACGAAGGGACGCUAUUUUGAAAGGUGAGGAGGUCAAAGAAGGAAUUUUUUCAGUGGAUGGCCAUGAAGUAAUUCCAUUGUUUGAUCCUCCUCACCUUUUAAAAAGUUUCCGAAACAACAUGCUCACUAAGAACGUGUCUUUCGUAAAAAAUGGUGUUCGCCACGUUGCCAAAUGGUCACACAUUGUGGAUGCUUUCCUUUUAGACCAAGGGCGCAAUCUUCGGAGCAUGAGGAAACUUUCAAAACAUCAUGUCUUACCGAGUAAGAUAAGAAAAAUGAAAGUUUCCUUAUGCUCCCAAGUAUUUAGUGCUACUGUGGCUGCUUUUAUUGACCUGGUUGCCGGAGCAACAUUACAAAGGAGUGGAAGGUCUUUGCCAUCUGAAGCCGUUGAUACCAGUGUGUUGAUCAAAUUCCUUGAUACUGUUUUUGACAGUGUCAAUGGAGGGAUCGGACAUGUUUCUGGGAAAGUGCUGCGAGGAAUGGUUACAAGAAAUUCUCCUCAUCAAAAGGUCUGGACAGAAGCGAAGCGAAUGUUUUCCGAGAUGGAAUUUGUGAAGUCUAAGCCUGCAGAUCGAGCACGGCCUCCAGUCUUAGAUGGAUGGUGUCGUACACUGAACGGUUUCAUCUUAAUCAAGGAAACUCUCCAGGGGCUUGAUUUAAAUACGUUUCCGGCAAGAGCGUUUAACCAAGAUCCGUUGGAAAAUUUCUUUGGUCAAGUGAGGCAGUAUGGAGUUAGAUACACAAAUCCAACUUGCAAAAUGUUCCUUCCGUUCUACAAGUCUCUUUUGAUUAGGAAUUUUUCUUCUUAUCAUUCCAGUAAUUCUAAUUGUGAACAAGAUGAUGAUUCAUUGUUGGUCACAAUUAGAGAUUUUCUCUCCCAGAAAGAUGUGGCACACGAAGAACUGGCCGAUAGGUGGAAACCGCCACCUAUUCAUGAAGUUGCAAGUGAUCUUCUGGACGCAAACGUUUUGGGUUACGUUGGUGGGUAUCUUAUCAAGCAUAUUUCGCCGGAGAAAUAUGCUUGUGAAACCUGUCAACGUAACCUUCAACAUUCCGGUCCACCAGAUCCCUUGUAUCAUGAACUGGUGAACUUGAGAGAAUACACUAACGAUGAAAAAAAACGUCUGCAGUACAUGAACGUUGAGGUGAUUAAAGUUUUGUGUAAACUUUACCAUCAACUCAACGUUCUUGUACCGUCCGGACUUUUUCAUCGUCAGUUCUCUCAAAGGCUGAUUAGCUACCUUCGCUCAACGAACGAUCUUCCGUUUGAGCCUUGUGCUCAUUCGGAAGAAGUUAAGACAACAAUUUUCGGCCAGUUUGUAAGAUUAUUUAUUUUUGGAUAUACGAAAAGAUUGAGCAACAUUAUUUUUGGGAAACAGGAACCGCGGAAAAAUGAUGAGUUGGAAAUGGAGCUGUAUCAGGUGUACAUGCGAUAUAGAAGCAAGUAAAGAACUUUAUAUUUUUAUAAUUUAUUAUGUAGGUAUACAAAUUAAUCUACGUUGGCAUAAUGUAUUCGAAAAAUGGAUUUAUCCCACUUACUCACUUUUUAGGAAAGGCUAGUCAUUACGAAUACUUUCGUAUCAAGCAGCGAAUUUCAUUCCAGUUAUAUAUAUGUUUUUAUAAUUAUUUAUUAUUACAAUAUUAUCAUUAUAAUGAAGUGUAUUUUGUUUACACUACUUUUUACUUAAUGCAUCAUUGGAAUAGUCAACAAUUGUGAACGUGCUUAUACGUAUAUUAUGUUGCUUGAAUUUUAAUUGUCGUGUAAUAAACUGAACUGAAAUAU